CGUGUUCCUCACAUGUUCUUUUUCUAAUUACCAGCAAGAAAGUUCUGCUUUCGUUGGGCUUGGCUUAUUCAGCAUAUCCCCCCCUCCCCAAUGAGUCACACCGAACACGUAAUCCCAACCGCUGCCUGAGUGACAGCGAGCCGGCGCGCAGGCUUCUUGUUGUCCCUUUAAAAUCCGAAUCCAAGGGUAAUGAUUUAUCAAGCUCGUAUUAUCAAGAAAAUGUCAUACGAAGGGCACCUUGCUAUGCACUGACGCAAACCCAGUCUUUCCCACGGAGGUAUAGAAAGCUUUGGUCUUGCCGGAGCAAAACCCAGUCUACCCAUUUUGCCUGUGCUGCUGUUUUUACCUCUGCGGGUUCUAUCUGAUGCUACUUUAGACAUGGAUUACGCCAGUCAAAAGGAGAUGAGCAAACAGCUGGUGAGCAGCCCCGAGUCAGCCGCCUCUGGGCCACUGGAAAGCGCCGGGAUGAUAAGGAACAGCCCCGAGACGGAGCACCCGCAGAACCUGCCGUCCCAAGUCCCGUCCCAGCUGGCCAAAGUCGCCACCGCUCUCUCCAGCGACAACAAAACUUUGCCACCCGACGAAGCCAAGGCAAAUGAUUCCGAGAGGACCAAAGUUGGCAUCUGCAAACUCGCCCCAGUGCAAGACUCUAUAGACCCUUUCCCUCUCAAGAACGCCCCCAGCGCAGGGAACACCCUCCAGGCCCACAUUGCCCCUUGCAAAAUCCCCCCGUUGCAAAGCACAGACGGGGAAGCUAAUCAAAGUAUUGGUAAGAGCACACUGGAGCAAAACAAUGCCAAGGGCGCUUGGGUGAACAUGAGCCAGAGCACCGUGGUCUUGGGCACAGAUGGGAUCACGUCUGUUCUCCCUGGCCGUACGGUCACUGAGCCGGAGGAGGAGGAUGAAGGGGACGAAAAUAAAGCCCGGGGAAACUGGUCUAGCAAGCUGGACUUCAUCCUCUCCAUGGUGGGUUAUGCAGUAGGGCUGGGCAAUGUCUGGAGGUUCCCGUACCUGGCCUUUAAGAAUGGGGGAGGUGCAUUUCUUAUUCCCUAUUUGACAAUGUUGGCUCUGGCUGGGGUCCCCAUCUUCUUCCUGGAGGUUUCUCUGGGGCAGUUUGCUAGUCAGGGACCUGUGUCUGUUUGGAAAGCCAUCCCUGCCUUACAAGGCUGUGGCAUUGCUAUGCUGAUUAUCUCUGUCCUAAUAGCCAUAUAUUAUAAUAUUAUAUUGUGCUACACACUUUUCUACCUUUUUGCAUCCCUUGUACAAGUGUUACCUUGGGCUUCGUGUAACAAUCCAUGGAACACACCGGAUUGUAGAGAUAAAAACAAACUUUUAUUAGAUUCCUGCAUCAUUGGUGACCACCCCAAAUUGCAAAUAAAGAACUCUACUUUCUGUAUGAGUGCCUAUCCAAACUUGACAAUGGUAAACUAUACCAGCCAUGUCAACAAAACUUUUGUCAGUGGCAGUGAAGAGUACUUCAAGUACUUUGUAUUGAAGAUUUCUGCAGGAAUCGAAUAUCCUGGUGAAAUCAGGUGGCCUUUGGCACUCUCUCUCUUUCUGGCUUGGGCAAUUGUCUAUGCUUCCCUGGCUAAAGGAAUAAAGACAUCAGGAAAAGUGGUGUACUUUACUGCUACAUUCCCUUAUGUAGUGCUCAUCAUCUUACUCAUCAGAGGAGUAACUCUGCCAGGAGCUGGGAAUGGAAUAUUGUACUUCAUCACACCUAAGUGGGAGAAACUGAUUGAUGCUAUGGUGUGGAAAGAUGCUGCCACUCAAAUAUUUUUCUCUUUGUCUGCUGCAUGGGGUGGCCUGAUUACUUUGUCUUCCUAUAACAAAUUUCAUAACAACCUGUACAGGGACACCUUGAUAGUAACUUGUACCAACAGUGCCACAAGUAUAUUUGCAGGCUUUGUCAUCUUCUCCGUUAUUGGUUUUAUGGCAAAUGAGCUCAAAGUAGACAUUGAAGAUGUUGCCGACCAAGGUCCUGGGAUUGCCUUUGUAGUAUAUCCUGAAGCUUUAACCAGGCUUCCUCUUUCACCUUUCUGGGCUAUAAUUUUCUUCUUGAUGCUUCUAACACUUGGCUUGGACACCAUGUUUGCCACUAUUGAGACGAUAGUGACAUCCGUUUCAGAUGAGUUCCCAAAGUACUUACGUACUCACAAGCCUCUGUUUACUCUUGGAUGCUGUGUCUCCUUUUUCAUCAUGGGCUUUCCUAUGAUCACUCAGGGUGGAAUGUACAUGUUGCAGCUUGUGGACACCUAUGCAGCAUCCUACUCUCUUGUUAUAAUAGCCAUUUUUGAACUUGUUGGCAUUUCAUACAUUUAUGGCUUGCAAAGAUUUUGUGAAGACAUUGAGAUGAUGAUUGGAUUCCAGCCAAGCAAAUUCUGGAGAGUCUGUUGGGCUUUUGUGACCCCGACUAUUUUAACAUUCAUCCUUUGCUUCAGCUUCUACCAGUGGGAACCCAUGACUUAUGGCAGCUACCACUACCCAGGCUGGUCUAUGGUACUCGGAUGGUUGAUGCUAGCUUGUUCUGUUAUCUGGAUUCCCGUUAUGUUUGUGAUAAAAAUGCACAUAGCUCCUGGCAGAUUUAUUGAGAGGCUCAAGUUGGUCUGCUCUCCACAGCCAGAUUGGGGACCAUUUUUGGCUAAACACCGUGGUGAACGAUACCAGAAUAUGAUAGACCCACUGGGAACGUCUUCCCUUGGACUUAAACUGCCACCGAAAGAUUUUGAACUGGAGACCCAGUGCUAGUAAUUCCCCCACUUGUGGCUAUGUUGUACAGCCCAUUCCUUCCUUCCUUCCUUCCUUCCUUCCUUCCUUCCUUCCUUCCUUCCUUUCUCUUUCUUUCUUUCUUUCUUUCUUUCUUUCUUUCUUUCUUUCUUUCUUUCUUUCUUUCUUUCUCAUUGUCCCCUUUCCUCCUCACAGUGCCUGAAAGUGGUUGCUUAGAAAGUAAGAUAUACCGUUGCAUGCUUGUAGUAAAGAACUAGAUAGACCACUUUAAGUACUGGGUUGGGUUUUACACACAGUGGUGCCCAGGAAGAAAUACAUUCAUUGUGAAACAGUUGACAAUCAGUCAGUUGCUUUGGGAAAUUGCUUCCGUGAGCGCUGGGCCAAUCCUACUCUUUCAUACAAAUAAUUUUUGUUCUGUUGCAGUCAUAUGAGUGGGAUACAGGUUGCUGGCACCAUCUGGGAACACCAUGAGCACUGCCUGUGGUUUAGUUUUGCUGACAGACAAGUGGGUUGGCAACUAUAUGUUGUGCUAGGCAGAUGCAUCCAUGGUUACCAUCUUACUGUUGGUUUUCACACAAAAAAGUGAAUGUGUUACCAAAACAACCAUCUAGUACAAAAGUACCCAUAGCCUACUUUCAUGACCUGCAAAAACCCGGUAAAUAUAGGGGCUAAAAUGGCGGGGCAAAUUUACUAGGUUUGCCUGAGUGUGGCAGAGUCACAACAAUUUGUUUUCCUGCUCUGUGGUUAUUGAUUUUAAAGGACAUUAAAUUAGGCCUGGGAACCAUCUCUGGACCAAGUGUCUUAAUAUGUAAAAUUAUUGGAAUACUACAACUAAGUGGUUGGGCUGCCAUUUUGGCAAAUCCUUUUCAUAUCUAUUUGCCCCAGCCUACAACCACCCUAAUAUCUUAGUGGAAUGUGUGGCCAUAACUGGAUAUAUAGCUAGGACAAGAGUCAGGCCUAGUGGCCUAUUGAUCCUGUUCCUUACCAAACCUAACAUGCGGGCAGCCCUGAAACUUGCUAUCUUAGAUCCAGUCGGGCCAAAGUCUUUCUCAACCUGAGAUCUCUUUUCAUGAGCAUUCUGAGGUUUGUACCUGGAAUAUCAUACACAAAAACAUGUGCUCUCUAAAUUAUGGCCCUCUUUCCCCUCAUCCUGCAGUUAUUCUGCUUCACACACAAACUGGAAUUGGUUGUAUGAAACAAUUUAAAAUUGCAGGAUGCAGCUGAGAGUUAGUAUGCAACAUAUGGGACUAGAUUCCUACCUCGGUGAUGCCAGAUACGAAAGUGGAAAGACUCCCCUGAGUUUGAAUUGAAUCUUCCAGCAUUUACACCAUAGGAGCUGAAUACGGCCCACUGAUUCUGCCAACAUGUCUUCCAUUCAGUGGCUGCUAGUUACAUUGGCACUAGCAGAGCUGCUUUGUAACGCAUACAAGGAGACAGCCUUUCAAUAUAGUGCACUAAUAUAAUAUGAUACUUGGCAUUGGUGUGGAGAGAGAUUAAUGAGCCUUUCAGGCUCUUUUAAAGGUGUGUGUGUGUGGAGAAAAAUAAAAUAAGAGCAUGAUGUUGAAUACUGUGGGAGACAAAGCUGUAUCUCUGUUUUGAAAUCUGAUGCAAGAGAGUGCCAGGCUGAGGCAGAUGGGCACCCCUGUCUUAAUUUCAUGCAUUUCAAUUAAUACUCUACUAGGUUUUUAUUUCUGUUUCAUCAAAAUGCCUCAGUUCUCAGUAUUUUGAAAUAUCUUAAUCAUUUUGGCAAACUGAAGAGAGGGAAGAAAACGCAAGUCCUCCUUUUAGGUUUGUCUCAAACAUGUUUUCCUUGCUUUCCACUCUUCUGUUCACACUCUCUCCUUCUCAAGAAGCCAUCAUAUAAUUUGUGCCUAAUUUUAUAUUCUUACAAUAGUAUGUAUAUCGUAGCUUCUUCAUAGAAAACAGUUGUUAGCGUUUAGCUCUGUAGAUCAUCUGUGUCUUUUGCCCCUGCUAUUUUCUUACAAAGUUCUUUAUACAGCCUUUCGAUGUAUUCUUCUCUUUCAGCCAGCAGGGUGAGUGAAGUACCUGAACCCUGAAUUUAGUCUAUAAAAUUGUUGCUAUUAAUAAUUGUAAAAUAAUUAUUACUAUAUACAACGCAUAACUUUUCAAAGACAAAUUCUUCCUCAAAACAACCACCUUGAGGUGUACAUACUUUACUUUUAUACCCCUCCUCCCAAUCCACAGUUAUUCCAAACUCAUAUGCCAUUAACCACCACCACAAGUUGCAGUGGUAUAGGGACAGUCUAAAACGAGAAAGAGCGAGAAUUGUGUUUCUUGGACAUGCCACCCAUAAGUGUGUUACUGCACACAGUACACCCCAUAGCAUUACGCUGCAACAUGUGCAGUGAUGUACUAUUAAUCUUAAAGUAGUUUUAAACCUAACAACUAGAUUAAAAAUAGAGCUUGUAAGAAUACAUUCAACAAAUGCCAUAGAAAUAACCCUUGUUUGUAUUGUAUAUGCACUAUACAUGAGGGAGAAAAAUAUGUCUUAAAUAAUUGGCAAAACUGUAACCUUUAGUAUCCUCUUGUAUCCUAUACAUGCAUAUAUGAGGUUUUAAAAAGUGAUUGGUGUUCCUGUAGUGUGUACUAGUGCUGUUAUAUGUCCCUAUAAAAUAUCUUAGCAACCA